CCCGCGGACUUGCUGCAGUCUAGUGUUGUCCAGCGACAGCAGGCCGAGACAAAGGGACGUAACCACACGUGCGUGGGGAGCAGCACCUCGAAUAUUCAACGGACGCAAACGUACACGCCGGAGGAGGAGAGUUUGAGGCGCCGCCGCGGCCCGACGACGGCUAAACAUCACAUGGCAAAUGGAAGGAGAGACUCCCGCCGCCGCGUAGCGUGCAGCUGGCGAAGGGCGGUAGCGGUAACGGCGGCCGGCGUCCUGGCGCUCGGACGAAGGGGUGCAGACGCAGAUGUGUGCGUCCUCUCCUCCGGAAAGAAGGAAGUGACGAUCGGCAAAGAGACGUCGGUGUGCCUGGUGGUGAACGGCCUGGGCUGGGAGGUGGACGCGGACCAGACGUUCUACUCGCAGGUCCUCAUCCUGCCCGACGCGGACGAGUUCAGCCGUUUCAGCGUCAAGGGAUCAUGGAACGCCUCGAGAGUGAUCGAGGACGACCCCAUCCUUACAACGUUUGGAACCGAGGUCGGGGUGCACGUGGAGAGCAUGGGGAAGUACUCGUUCCAGAAGGCGUUCCGGUUACGGCAGGAGGAGAAGACGUUUCCUCUCCACACGGCCAUCAUCUCUGUAGAAGAGGGAGAGGUGACCGGUAUCUCGUGGGACGACGGGUGCCACUUCUGCGGCUCUUCGCAGUGCGAGGACAACACGUACGACUACACGGGACAGCUCAUAGGUGGCGAAGGCAACGGCCAGGACUGCUACUGGCCCGACUCGGAUUGUCUCGAGGACGGGGUUGAAAAUCAAGUGAGCGCCCUGUGCCAGCUGACAGUCUAUGUGGUGUGGACAGGGACCGACUCGAAGGGCAACUUCUUCACCAGUUUCGCGAAACGCCUGUCUAUGUAUGCGGGGGAGACGGUGGAGGGUUUGAUCAGCGAUGCGGGAGACACGUACGAGGACACGAUCGUGCCUGCUGUUGGGUAGGGGUAGACCAAGAGGUAGCUUGAUUUCAGAUGCACGCUUUCUGUGAUGAUGUCAUCGGUCCCGUGAUGUGUGUGUGUUUCUUUCCCGAAAGCCUCUGCCGUCUUGCCGUCGUGAAGCGCGCUCUUGGAGGACGAGAAAACGCCUCUAUGGGAACCAACCCUGCUUCGCUUUUUUCUCCCGUUUCUCGCGUUUUUCUGCUGACCAACGAGAACUCUCGCCGGGGGAAUGCACGCCUGCAAGUCGUUGUGUGGUACUGCUAUUGUUGGUGGUAGUUAUUGUUGGUGGUAGUUAUUGUUGGUGUGAAGGUCAUGUUGUAUUCUUUGGCGUUUCGAGACGAUGCAAGCUUCUUUGCUGGCGGUUUCUUUCGAAGGCAACGCAGACAGACGCACCCGAGGCACUACAACGUGUUGUGUCUUGAGUUUUUUUUUGUUUUUCCAGCUGCCGAACGCGCCCGGUGCCUCUAUCCCCCCGCGCCUUCCAAACCGGGCUAUUCUAUUCUUUUUCCGGUUGUGGUAAUCACCUUUUUCGUUGACGCGCCCCAGUCUUUCUUCCGUGUUAGAUGGCCAGCGUAAUCCGUAAGCUGUGUUGGGUCUCUACCCGUUGUCGGCCGACUUGUCAUUCCUGUUGUGAUUUUUUUUUUUUUGUGGCUUGGGAGGAAGGGCGCAAGCCGCUGUCAGUCACUGCUGUGGAAGCAAGCAAACACGGCCUGUUUCGUGUGCCGUUGUAAGAGGGAAAUGUAGCCAAAUCAGCCGACAUGAUUGCCUCUUUCUUGGGGUGUGAUGAUGCGCUUUACUCCUCUUCGCGUCCGUUGUUGUAACAUUAGACUAGUACCUUAGCCUUGUCUACUUCAGUUUUAACAGGUGCUCUCGAGGCCCGUUUGUUGUUUGGCUUGGAAGGAGGGCCUAUCACACUGAAUGUCACGCAAGGCAUCGAGCUGAUGCUCUGUGUUUUUUCUUGAGUUGGUUGCCGGUAUCAAUGAGAAUCUAAUCUUUGGGAACAACGGGUGUUUGCCUGUGUGCUGGAAGACCGGUUUGCCCCCCCUCCUCUGUUGGAGACAAAUAGCUCAUUGUGUUCGUGCUGUGCUGCACCUUGCUGACCGUCAUGGUCGGCGAUGUGGUUUACUCGCCACUUGGGAGAGUUGGAAAGGGAACAUCAGACUUCCAGGUUUUUGCUCUUUGAAAGGAAUGAUGGUGCGAUGUGGCAAUGGUAUCUAAACAUCGUCGUAGUUUCCCUGCUGCGUGACAGCUCACAUUUGUGAAGAGAGAGAGAGAGAGAGGCAAGAUGGUGAAGAAAGUGGCUCUCAUGUGGCUAGGUGACCAGCGAGGAAUUUUUAUCCCCCGAGGACCGCUCAAUAUUAUUAGGAUGGUCAUGAUAAAUCAGGUCCUGGAGAUCUUCGCGCAACCUAAGCCUCCUACAGCUUCAUCUAACUCGUCGCUCUGCGCCAGCCUUCAGCAUCGUAACACCAAGCCCACCAUUAAGGAAAAGUAAAUACCCGAACAGAAUGACUACCAUUCCACCUUACAGUGGCCUCCUGUGGCAUGCACAGUAAUGCAUACAGCAGUAUUUGUUACAGGAAGCCUACGACGUGGGCCCCACGGUCAUGCUGUCCAUUCCUUUCGGAAUCGAUAUUCCAUUCCCUAGGAACGCUUACAUCUGGAACCUCUUUCGUGGGGCAUAGAUCCUUCAAGAUCCUUCAAGCUUGGCAUCUUCCAGGGAUUUGGAUCCUGAUGAUAAGGGGUAUGCGCACCGAUCUGGAAACCUACCCGCGGGACACGACAUUUUGGUAGACUCUGCGACCCCCCUCCAGGCAGCUUGCAGCUUGCAGCUGCAGCUCUCCGCUACCAUCAGUAUCGAGAGAGAAAGCAAGCAAGGGUCACAAAGUGCUCCUGCUAAUCCGCUGUGGUGCUGCGACCUUCCCCCUACGCCUCUAUCUUCCUGCAUCUCCUCCUUUUCGUCAACGUAGCCCCGAGGGAUAAAGCGAGCGAGAUAGAGAGAGAGAGAGAGAGAGAGAGAGAGAGAGAGAGAGAGAGAAGGAGCCGUCAGCACCAAGGUCCAGUUGAAGCUGGCUUGCUCUCUCCUUGGCGCGGUACCGCGAGCCCCAUAGCCCAUCCUGAAGGGUAUCUAAAUGGUGCGCUGGUAAGCUUCUCAUCACUCGAUCCUAGUGAACUCUUUUGAAAGGGGAACACUGAUCGGGAGCGCUGUCCCCGGCGGCCGAUUGGAGAGAUCGCGGCCUGCUUCACGUGUACGUGACGAAGACGGCGUUGGUCCCUCAAACAGCAGAGAGAGCGAGAGAGAGAGAGGGAGAGAGCGAGAGCGGAAG